UUAGAAUCAUUUGUAUCACGAGAAAAAAUUGCUUCAGCAUGAGAGCUCUCAGGCAUCUGUCAGUGGCUGUUUUGUUUUCAUUCUUGAUUCUGAACAUGAUCGAUGAUUCAACCUCUGCAAUAGCAGACUGCUGUCUCCACUACUCCCAAUCUCGACUACCAUUCCGACUGAUCUCUGGGUUUGUGAUGCAACAGUCUAAUGAGAUGUGUGAUAUUGAUGCAGUCAUAUUCUACACAAUUAGAGGACGAGCUAUUUGUACAAAUCCAGAAGAAAGAUGGGUGAAAAGAGCACUGCACUUUCUCAGCAAAAAGCUAGAAGAAUUAUCCGUUGUUGGAUGAAAUCAUUCUCCAAAGCUAUAUUACUUAAACAAUUAUUUCUGCAUAGCAUCUAUGUAUUAAAGUAUAGUUAAUGACAACAUUCCUCUAUCUGCACUAAGUUGUAAUGCUCAAUUAUUUUUUAUUAUUAUUUGAUCGCAAGUUUGUAAUACAAUGAAACCUAUGUUUAUUGUAAAUCAUUCAAUGUUAUUUUUAUAUAUUUUCUGCAAAAUUAAAGAU